AUGACGCCACAUUUUGUCCGGGCAAUCAUCAUGGCGGCUGCUGUGUCGGUGGUAGAUGAGGAAGAUUAUUCUUUUUUGCCUAUUAUUCACGACAUUAUAAAAUGUAUGGACAAGGACAGUCCAGACGUACACCAGGAGCUGAACAAACUGAAGACGAAGAUUCAGGAGGCUCGUGAGCAGAUUUCAGCAAUGCCAGGAAUCGACAUGAGUCCUGCGCUGCAGGAUAAUAAACUGCGCACUUUGAGAGAACAGGUCCGGACCAAGAACCAGCUCCUACAGAAAUAUAAGAGCCUGUGCAUGUUUGACAUUCCUAAACCCUCAUGACGUUUCCUUUUGUGUGAGGAAGAAACAGUGAAGAGAUGGACAUUUUUUCCCGACGUCAGGGCUUUCGUGGUGGUUUUGUUUUCCCACCUGUAGAAGCAGACCUGGUUCAGUGAUGCAAUACUUGUUUGUAAUAUUUGUUAUAGCCUACUGCAAUUGUUAAUAUUUGUAUUUUUCCACGUUGGAUAAAACUUUUGACACGCUCUGUUAUGAAAGUGAAUAUUCUUUGAUACUUGCGUUUUUCCCUUAUGCACUUUGUGCUAUAUAGUUAGUGUAUUAUUUUGCGUUCCUCUUUUAAAAACAAAUGAUUUUACUUACACUAUCAAAUGACACCUAAUUUGUUAUGUCACCUGAGAUACUGGGCAUGAUAAGUUAAAGUAAAAUAAACCAUUGAUUUUUUUGUAUUUUAUACUUGCUGGGACCCCAGGAAGAGUAGCCACUACCUAGGUAGUUGCUAAUGGGGAUCCAAAUAAAUAAAAAUACAUUUUUAUAAAAAGA